AUGAGCCUUCUGCACAGUCAGGAUGACAGUGUUCUCCAUUCGAACUUUCCUUUUGAGAGUUCUCCUUCUACUAUCAACAUAGGAACAAACGAAAUCCCUUCUUUCAGUACCCUACAGUCUGAUGCUCCAACUCCACCCGAAGUGAGACCAAAGAGGCGUAGGAUAAGGCAGCAAUGGACCCCAGCCGAUGAUGAGGUCCUGAUAAGUGUGUGGCUAAACACUUCUAAAGAUCCCAUUGUAGGAACUGAUCAAAGGGGUUUGACGUUCUGGCAACGCGUUGGAGAGUACUACUCCUCAAGUCCGCAUGCUAGGGCUACUGGUGACAAGAGAGAGCAUCUGAACUGUAAACAAAGGUGGCACAAAAUCAAUGAACUGACCAACAAAUUCGUCGGGGCCUAUGCAGCUGCAGAGAGACAACAAAGCAGUGGUCAGAGUGAGAGUGAUGUGCUGAAGGUCGCUCAUGAGAUCUACCACAAGGAGAUGAACCUUAAGUUCAACCUUGAGCACGCAUGGUGCAUUCUAAGGUAUGAACAGAAAUGGCAAACACUCAACACUCCUCAAAGCAGUGGCAGUGCAAAGAAAAAAUCCUAUCCAGAAGUUUCAAGCCCCAAUGUUGAGGAAGAAGAGAUACGGCCUGAAGGUAUCAAGGCUGCUAAAGCAAGAAGGGCUAAUGGUGGGAAAGGAAAGGCUGCUGUUCAAUAUGACCGCAUUUGGGAGAUCAAGAAGGAGGAUUUUGCACAGAAGGAGGUACUGUCAAAGCUAGCAAUUCUCGACACUCUGCUUGCUAAAAAAGAACCCCUAACUGAGGCCGAAGAAGCAGUCAAGCAAAAGCUACUCCUCCUUAUUUGA